AGCUUAUCAGUCCUUGAAGCAAUGAUGGACUCGAUCAUUUGGCUCGACCCAGUGAGACUCCGAAGCUCGGGAGACGGCCCAUUCAAGGAAGGAGAGUCACGCGGGCCGGGGGAGGAGAAAGGACCUUGGAAAUGAACAGCAUUGAAAAUCAGGCGGCGGCGACAGAGGCGGCGGCAGCAGGAGGCCAGUCACCUCUACUCACUGCUGCCCUCACUCUCCUCUCUCGAAACCACUCUUGGACAGAUCUGCUGGACAGCCUCGGGAGGAGUGGGGAGGUGUCCUGGCUGGGGUUCCUCUAUUCAGUAGUAUCUGUGGUGUUCGUGACGAUGCUGGCCCCCGCUCUCAAGGUGUUCCUCCUUACCCUCGUGGCCGCCACCCUCAGGAUCACCGCCUUCUACUUCUUCGGUGAGGAGAACAUGGGCAAGGUGGUGGGCAGCGAGGGUUACAUUUACUACGCCAAGGUGCUGCUCGGGAACUACCUUGGCUACGGCCCCAUCCUGCAUCUCCUGAACCGACCCCAACCAGAUGCGCAACUGCUGUAGAAGUGUAUCCCUCUCCGGGCCUGUGUGACUGUCCUCUUCGUCUUCGUCUUCGUCUUUGUCUUCGUCUUUGUCUUCAAUUGUUCUGUUUUCUCGUUUUCCUUCUUUUCUUUUCAUUUCACAUUGUUUUUUUUUUUUUUGUCCUUUUUUUUUUUUUUUUCUUGCAUUUUCUAUGUUUUUUCACUCUUUCUUUCUUUUCUCUCCUCAUCUAAGUAGACGUUUGGCUCCAGUAUUCACUGCCAUUAUGUUCAAAGUUGACCUCUAAAGGUAAAUGCAUACGUAUCUCAGUAUGCAAUAAUUGACGAUAUGACUACAAAUAACUACUUAAAGAAUAGUUGAAUUAAACGAAAAAAAAAAAAGGCAGCAAAAUUUAUCUCAAUAUUUCUUACCAUUGUUAUUGAAUAAAAAAAAAAAAAACUUGCAUCACAUAAUGACUCGUUAAGUUUGUGAUGACAUUGUUAUAAAACUUCAAGAAAUUGACAAAGAAGUUAAGAAAGAAUAGCCAUGUGGUUAAUACUACUGUUACCAUUUUCUUCACUAGCAUGCAUGGAAACGUUUCAUUUUUUUAACGCUGGGAGGUAUUGGACCUGUUCUCUCUCUCUCUCUCUCUCUCUCUCUCUCUCUCUCUCUCUAAUAGGUGCGCAUGUUUCAAAUUGACUUAUUGCAGUAGGGCAGGAUAGUCAGGGGCACAGGGUAGGCUACUGCAGACGGUUGUUGGUUUGAUAUAGGUAUGAGUGAUUGAAUCAUAGUGGAGGGAAACACAGGAAGGAUGAAGGAAGAGGUAAGACGAGUAUGAAGUGAAAAGAUGAAAUACUAGAUGGAAAUGUGUGUUGAUAUGAACGGAAUAGAUAACAGCCAUCAGAUACCAAGGCUUCUAUCUAUCUAUUUUUUUUUUUUUUAUUUUUCAUUUAUCAUUUCUCUUUCCUCUAGAGAAUUCACCUUCGCUAAAACCUAAUAUAACUCCUGCUACUCGUUAAACAUUUACUCUCUUUGUUGAACUAUAUUUUUUGCGUAUUCUUUUGAUCUUUCUCCAUUUCUUCGACCUUUUUACAGCAUAAAAAAAGAAAAUUAUUCCAUUCCUUAGCUUUCCCUUAACAGACUUUAGUCACUUUAUAUGUGUGUGUGUGUGUGUGUGUGUGUGUGUGUAAUUCACCACAAUCGUCUUCUGAUGUGUGUGUGUGUGUGUGUGUGUGUGUGCAGAGUUAUCAUACUCAGAAUGGAACGAAAAAUUACCCACUAUCUAUUGAUACUUUCAUUUUUAGCCACCAAAUCCAGGUUACGGAGAAGAAAAAAAUAUAUAUAUAUAUUACGACAUCGUGAGACUCGGAAAGCGCACGGACUUGACUUUGAUAGUUACCAGAUACCACAACAUUUUCACUAGUAAAUACGAGACUCCCUGUUGUUUAUCUUACAGCAUCCUGCCUCGCUUUACCUUUAAAAUUAGUAAAAAGAUAAGCCAUUGAUGUUAUUCAUGGAGUGAAGAAGAAGGAAAACAAGGAUGAUAUAUGUAUAACUGAGCCUCGGGAGAGGAGCUGAUAUAAUAUAUAACAAACGAGACUGCUGUCUCAUACUGUGUCAUUUUUGCCUUUAAACUGAUUGAAUAAUAAACCAUGGAUGUGAUUUAUGGUGGUAUGAAGGGAAUGAGAUAUAUCUGUAUUAUAAUGGUCUGUGUGAGGAGUUUAGCACAAUAUACAAGACUAAUAUACCUUAUAUCUUGCCAUAUCUUGCUUCACAUAUUGCCACAUAUUUAAACUGAGGAAGUGCUAGUCCAAGGAAAUGCAUGAUUUAUAGAUAUAUUAAAAAGGGGAAGGAGAGAAAUGUGUAUUAUGCAUGAACAUGAAGGAAGGAGGUUGACAUUAUAAGGUAUACUUAAAGGUAUGUGAUUAAUAUGCUGAAUAAAAGAUCAGCCAUU